AUGGCACCCUCAGCCGUUAGCCCUACAAUCCUAACUUCUACCUCCCUCACCUUCCCAACAUCAGAGCACACAAACUCUUCCCUCAGCACCAGCACCCCUAAUUUCCACGGCUACGAUCAUAUAACCUGGUAUGUAGGCAAUGCCAAACAAGCCGCCUCAUAUUACUGCACACGUCUCGGUUUUCAAACUAUCGCCUACAAGGGUUUGGAAACAGGUUCCCGUUAUAUCGCUUCACAUGUCGUUGCUAAUGGCAAGAUUCGUUUCGUGUUAGCUUCGCCUGUCAAAUCAUACUCGAGUUUGAAAGAUGAUGAACCGAUUACCGAGAAGGAGAGAAGCUUGUUAAAGGAGAUUUAUGAACAUUUGGAGAAACAUGGGGAUGGGGUUAAGGAUGUAGCGUUUGAGGUGGAUGAUGCGGCGAGUGUGUAUUAUAAUGCAGUAGAGCAGGGUGCUGUAGGUGUACAGAAGCCAGUCAAGUCGGUGGAUGAGAAUGGUGAAGUUACAACCGCAGUCAUCCGCACCUAUGGUGAUACAACACACACCUUAAUUACGCGUUCCAACUACACCGGACCUUUCCUCCCAGGCUAUCGGGCUACUCCAGCUUCAAAGAAAGACCCCCUAGAGGCACUUCUCCCCUCCAUUCCUCUCGAAGCCAUCGACCACUGCGUCGGCAACCAAGACUGGGGUGCCAUGCAAGACGCCUGCGCCUACUACGAAAAAUGUCUUUCCUUCCACCGUUUCUGGUCAGUAGAUGAUUCUCAAAUCAGCACUGCCCAUUCCGCUCUCAAUAGUAUCGUCAUGGCAUCCCCCAACAACGUAGUCAAAAUGCCCAUCAACGAACCCGCCCCCGGUCUCAAGAAAAGCCAAAUCGAAGAAUACGUAGAUUUCUACUCCGGAGCAGGCGUUCAACACAUCGCCCUCCGCACACCCGAUAUCAUCACCACGGUUACGAAUCUACGCGCGCGCGGCGUAGAAUUUAUCUCGGUCCCUGAAACAUACUACGAGACGAUGCGUGAGCGAUUACAGGAUAAAAAUGCGGGGAAUAAAUGGGUGCUCAAGGAGGAUUUUGAGGAGAUAAGAAAAUUGUCUAUCUUGAUUGAUUUUGAUGAGGGUGGGUAUUUGUUGCAACUUUUCACGAAACCCUUGAUGGAUCGGCCGACGGUCUUUUUGGAGAUUAUUCAGAGAGAGGGGUUUGAUGGGUUUGGAGCGGGGAAUUUUAAGAGUCUUUUUGAGGCGAUUGAGAGGGAGCAGGAGGAGAGGGGGAAUUUGUGA